AUUCUCACAAAUUGAUCAGUCUCGCUCAACAUGGCAGCUUCCAUGAAACAACAAUUAUCGACUCUCUUGAGCGCUGGUGGGGCUCCAAAAGACCUAACAGAAAAAUAUCGUAAAAUCCUAACCGAUAUUCUACAGCUUGGUGAAGAUGACCUAGUAAACGGACUGCAGUUCUUCAUUGAAACAAUGGUGAAGGAGAGUGUGAGUCUGGUGAUCUCCAGGCAGCUCCUGCUCGAGGUCUGCAAUCAGCUCCCUCAUCUCCCCGAUCCAGUCUCGCAAAGGGUCUCUCACUUUCUCCUGGAGAAGGUCCAUCCGAGAGCAGUCUCCUUUGAAGAGCAGAUGGGGAGUGUAAGGCAGCAUCUAUCAUCCAUCUAUGAGAAAGAACAGAACUGGAGGGAAGCAGCCAGAAUCCUUGUUGGGAUUCCGCUUGAAACUGGACAAAAGCAGUAUCAGGUCGACUACAAGCUUGAGACAUACCUUAAAAUAGCCAGACUCUACCUGGAGGACGACGACCCGGUCGAGGCAGAAGUCUACAUCAAGCGGGCCUCCAUGCUACAGGCAGAAUCCAAAAGUGAACAACUCCACAUCCAUUAUAAAGUGUGUUACGCCCGAAUGCUGGACUACAAGCGGAAGUUUAUCGAAGCAGCGCAGCGGUACAACGAGUUGUCCUAUCGUACUAUCAUAGCAGAUGAGGAGAGGAUGGAGUCUCUAAGACACGCGUUGCAUUGCACCAUCUUAGCAUCAGCAGGUCAGCAGAGGUCAAGGAUGUUGGCCACCCUCUUUAAAGACGAGCGAUGCCAGCAGCUAGCGUCCUACGGAAUCCUUGAGAAGAUGUACCUGGACCGCAUCAUCAGAGGGGAUCAGCUCCAGGAAUUUGCCUCCAUGCUUCAAGAACACCAGAAGGCCACCACAGCCGAUGGUUCAAGUAUACUUGACCGUGCAGUCAUAGAACACAACCUGCUCUCAGCCAGUAAGUUAUAUAAUAACAUCACAUUUGAAGAGCUUGGUGCUUUACUGGAGAUACCUCCACCAAAGGCUGAAAAGAUUGCUUCACAAAUGAUAUCGGAAGGCAGAAUGAAUGGAUAUAUCGACCAGAUUGAUGGCAUUGUACACUUUGAAUCAACGGAUAUCCUCCCACAGUGGGACAAGCAGAUCCAGAGCUUAUGUUUUCAGGUCAACAACAUCAUCGAGAAAAUAGUAGCGGCAGCGCCAGAAUGGGCAGCGUCCAUCUCGGACAACCAGAUGCAGUGAAUAUAUUGGCGCUGAGUGCUUAUGAACAAGGACUGUAACACAGUGAAACCUGUAUAAUAGAGAUCACCCAAUGGAGAUAAGAAAAGUAGCCAGACUCGUUAUGUUAUUUCAAAGUAUGGAGAAAUCUGUAUAAAGGCCGCUUUAUAAGGGAGACAAGAAAAGUAGCCAGUCUCGUGGUAUUUCAAAGUAAGGAGAAAUCUGUAUAUAAAGACCGCCUAAGGGAGACAAGAAAAGUAACCAGUCUCGCCGUGGUAUUUCAAGGUACAGAGAAACCUUUAUAUAAAGGCUACAUAAGGGAGACAAGAAAAUUAACCAGUCUCGCUGUGGUAUUUCGUACAGGGAAACCUCUAUAUAUAGGCCACUCCAGAGACAAGAAAAUGUUCACUAAGAGCAUUUGGGCUUUAUGUACAGGUUCUUAUGAGUCCCAAUGGGUUACACUACUCGAGGGAAAGCAAACCAGUGGUCGCUGUAGACAUGUGGUCUGUCGGCACCAACCAACAACAAAUACCAUUGGCAGCAACAGCAACGAUUACUCUUAUACCGCACAGGUAGGCUUCAUACUACACCUCCAACACAUCCUAUUAGUUUAUACUUUUUGUGUAUUGAGUAAGUGCACUUGAAUGAGAUUAAUUAUGGAUUGAUAAUUUAUGUUGCAUUUUUUGUAUAUUCAAUCUUGUUUAAUGAUUGGUUAACAUAGCAUCCUGUGACCAAACACAACAUCGCUAUCAUGUUAACAAUGAGAAAGAUGGUAAAUUGCAUUUACAUCCACUGUGUCUAUGUUUGUGUUGGUCUUGUACCACAAGGACUCGCCCUAGUUCUUCUACAACCAGUUUGUCUGCUAACUAUUUGGUGUAUUGCCAGUUGGCCUAUUUAGGAUCUAUACUAAGACCCUGCUCUCAUUACAAUCCUAAAGCUAGUUUAGUCAAAACUGGUUCAGGAAACCAGUUUGGAAGAUGGCUGUGGUAGUGUUCCCAUGUGAUUGCCUGAAAGUGGUUUUCAAAACCACGUCACGUAAAGCUGUCCUGUUGCUACGGGAAUGCUCUCAUGUCAUGAGUGGAGAGUAGCCUGCCAAAUAUGUGCAAAGAUCUCUUCCCAAAGAACGGGCGUGUCCUCACUUAUGCUUAAACUAGAUUACCAAGGCAAUGCAAUCUGAAAACCACAUCGUACGAUGGUUUUCCAAAUUGGUUUGAAAUAUCGCUUCCAAGACCACUUUGAGUGUUCUCAUUACAUGUUAAAUCAGUUUCCACUAAACUGGUUUUCACUAAUCUUGUUUCCAGUAAACUAGUUUCAGGACUUUAAUGAGAACAGGGUCUAAUUUCUUGUAAAGCUAUGCCGAUCUGGUUCCAGGACAUUUUCUCCGGCGACAAUUGCUCCGCCCUAAAUUCCACACACUACUCGAAUGACCAACUUCAGCCCUGGGUUUAACACUAUACCCUAACCUAAACCUACCGUAAACCUAUGAUUAAACCCUAUUGCAACCCUAACCCUACAUAUUAGACGAAAUCAAUCCCCGAGAAAUUGUCACAGGAGGAAAUGUCGUAUCGCUGUCCAUCUUGUCUAAUGUCAACUUGGUCUUGCACGAUAUAAUUAGAUGAAUUGUAGAUAAACCAAUUAUUCUUAUAGCAAAGACCGGAAAAGUAAGUCAACAAAGUGGGAGUUCAACAUUAAACUAAAUACCUGUAUGACCAGGGGGAGGUUUCACAAAGAUUUGAUUGUGACCUAGAGUCGCACAUAAAUUUCAGUUGUUUGCAGUAUGUAGCGCAUCACCGCAUUGGCAAGAUCAUACACACGGGACGUGCACUAGUUAUCGCAUGUCAGUCAAUUAGAUUACACGUUAAGUAACGUGUGUGUUUGCCUUGAAGCAUACAUGUAACUCAUAUAUUCACUCUUUGUGAAAUACCUUUCUGGUGUGUCAAAACCUGCAAAAGGUUGCACACUGUGAUAUUCUGUUUGCGGACAAGUGUAGUGUGGAGCGUUGUGGCCCAGUGGAUUAGUCUCCGGACUUUGAAACAGAGGGUCGUGGGUUCAAAUCCCAGCCAUGGCGUAGUUUCCUUCAGCAAGUAAUUCAUCCACAUUGUGCUGCACUCAACCCAGGUGAGGUAAAUGGGUACCUGGCAGGAAUUUAUUCCUUGAAAUGCGUGUGCACUGUAAUCUGAGUAAUUACGGCUGACAAGCUACAGCUGGGGUAAUAAUUUCCAAGUCCUUUGGGAGCGCAUAGAGCCAUUAUUCAUAAUGUGAUAUGCGCUAUACAAUAACUGUAUAUUAUUAUUAUUAUCCUUAUUAGUUUUGGUCAGAAUGGUCAAAUUUCAGUUUUUAGUGUUUUUUCUGUAUGCUAUCAAUCUGUCUAUCGAUCAAAAAUUUGCAAUUGAUUUGUACCAAGGGGAAACUUUGUCGUAAGAUAAGGCCUGAAAAGAUUGGUCUAAUUCACACCUAUUCAUCAAAUUUGCACAGAGGUCAAUAGCUGAGAAGUAAUUUUUACAAAGUUUAUGGGAGUGAUAUAUACAUCGAUAGGUUAACAGUGUUACACAAUGUAUUAGUUCUGAAAAGGACUGUUGGUAAUCUUUCAUGAUUGUUAGCUCUGGAAAGAUCUGGAAAGAUCUGGUCAUCCUCAUAAUGAAGCUCGAACAGGAGUGUGUAUACAUAUGUUGGAGUUUGUGGGAGAUUGUUUUUCAGCCUUGUGACAUAUGUAAUGACAUCCAUGUGUAUUUGGAAGCAAAAGUGUAUUGGUUAUUAAUUCAGAUAAACAUCAUUGUGUAUUAAAGCAGUAAAUAAAUAUAAAAUUGUAAGGUAUA